AUGAACUACGAGACGCAAGAGCAGAACCACCGGCUGCAGAAGGAAAAGACGGAGCAGCUCAACUAUCUCACCAGCCAGCUGCUGCUGCUCGAGUCGCGCAUCAUGCGCAAGCAGAAGCAGGUCUCGAACGUGAUCUACCAGCGCGAGCUGACGAUCUACCGGCAGCAGCGGAUCAUCGAAACGCUCUCCAGCCGGCUGAUCGAUCACGGCAUCAUGGACGUCGGCAUGGACGCACCGAUGCACGCGGGCGGCAGCGGCAACAGUAACGACUUUGACUCGCUCAACGAUUCCGACUCGGCCGUCGUGCUCGAGGACGUCGACUCGGACUGCAACAGCUCGAUCUACUUCGGCGGCGGCGGCGGCAGCAGCAUCAGUGGCGGCGGCAGCCUCAAGUCACGCUCCUGCAAGAUGACGAACGACGUCACGAUCGUGCGGUCCAUCUCGGACGCGAUCGAGACGAACCUGAAGUACAACAAUACCCGCCGGUCUAACUGCUUCCUGCGGCGGCCCGAAAUCCUCGAAACCGUGUACAGCGUGGAGGAGGACCCGGAGCCACAGAAUGCGGCGGCCGGUGCGAAUGGGACGGCGGGAAGCGGCCCCGGCAGUGGAUCCACGACCGGGCCCACCUCACCGAAACCGGAUGCGGUCAGCGAGAAGCGGGACAAGUUUAAAAAUCGCACCGAAAAAUGCAUCUCCACCGUUCAGCCGGCCGGGGAAGGGAGCGGCGCACGGCAGGAAGGCACACCGGUCAUCAUUACCAGCAGCAGCAGCUGCGACGUGGAGCCGUCGGACCAGUGCGAAAUGACGCCGGUGGCGCAGGGCGGCGGCUGCAAGGUGCAGGGCGCGGUGACGAACUUCAAUCGCGUAAUGUCCAACCACCGGUCGGUGACGAAACCGAAGGACGUGAAGUACAAGCGCAUCAACAAGGCCAAAUCGAAGAGUCUGGAGGAGCUGCGCGGGCGGCUAAAGCACUGGGUCGAGCGGGGCACCUGCAACGUGAACCUAACGCUCGACCCGGCCGGCGGGGGGGCCACCGGCGCCGCUCAUCUAACGGGGCAUCUGUCCGAGCACUGUGGGGCGGUGGGCACGCUGCAGCAGAGCGUGCAGCCGCCCCAGCAACCGAACCUGGCGCAAAGCUAUGCGUGACCGGAAGCGAGAGUGCCCGCGCGUGCUCGGGGCAGCAUUUAAUGUGGGGUAUGUGGGUCGGCGGCAACACUCGCUUUCAGCAGCUUAUUUAUUGCGGUUUGGCUUAGUGUUUAUGUGUGCGGCAGGAUGAAGCAGAGUAUGGGAAGGAAUUGAAAUGAUCGUGAAGAUGGUGGGGACCCUACCACGGUCACCUCACACACACACACACUGACUGAGUCAGGUUACCUAAGAGGAGAUAAAGAGCUGGAAAGCAUUGAAGCAUAGUAGAUAAGCUUAACGUAUAGUGGCGAUGUGCAGCCAACACAGCACCGGCGGCUGUGUGAAGCGCAGGCGUACCACACACUCUACUCUCAGAAGGCCAACCGAUUGAUUUGUACUUGGCGUAGAAGGAAUUACAGUGAGCAAACAGUAUAGACAUAGAUAUACAAGCCCAAUAUCUCUCCCACAGGCACUGAAAUUUCGAAAACUUAUCGUGUAAGUUAAGCGAUAUGAAUGCACUAGGCAGGAAAGCCCUCUUUUGACAGAUAAGCAGGAGAGGAGAUAGAUAAGAUGAAGCGUACAAUUUGUACAACUAGUAACAGAAUCAAUUCAUUGUCACACACACACCCAUGAAUUGUACUACCUAUAGUGUAGCCACGUAAGCACUCGGAGGUAUCACCACCGUACGAGAUCCGCGGGAGUCGAACUAGAAUCGAAUUCCUUCAAAGCUACAGGCACAGAGCCCAUCUGAGGCAUUUUAAGCGUGUUAUUGGUGAUCUUUCCUUCCAAAGUCAAGAAGAUUUAUUUAUAUACAUGUACAUAGAUAUAUACACCCUGGAGGAGUACUUAUCCCCCACUAGAAAGGGGUCUUUGCUUGGAUGAACUCUUUUGCAUAAAAUACCACUCUACGAACCGUGUAGUAAUGCAUCGUCGUAUUUGGAGGGUUUCGAGAAUGUUCCUUUAAAAAGUAAGACAAGAAUCGGAAAAUAAUUCGUUUCUUUAGCGCACGACUGCAAGUGAGUAUUGCGUGAGUGCUUUCGCUGUUGCGAGCACCUAUUUAACGAUCUGUACUAUAAUGGUUUCCACUCACCGAGCUUUCAAGUAACCAUGGUCACCACAUACUACCCUAUUGCGGAGAAGACGUACUACGGCAUUUUCCGUAUCUUUGGUGUAGUUGCAACCUGUCACUGGUUUCAAAUGUACCUUCUUUCUUUUGGAAUGUGCGUUAAACGUUGCACUUUUUAGUAUUAUAAUAGGUAUUUCGUUUUGUUACAAAAUCGGAACAAACCUCUAAUCGAAUUUCGUUUUCCGCCUUAAAGCAUUCUACAUCCCCUCUCCUUCUAACGCGUAGUACGUAAGGCCAUGUACAUACAACCAAUCGAAUCGUUUACUUACCGGUAAAGAUCGAUUGCAAUGGUUAAAAUCAAAGUCCGCGAUCCUCAGCAGCGAGGAAAAGAUUAUGAACAAUUAAUUGUAAGCAUUUCGUGUGCGACGAGCAUAUUGUAAGGGCCAGAUCGAAGAGGUUCUUCUUUCACUCACACGAACACACACCCACACAAACAGGUAGAUGUGAAUAACAGCUCUACCGUGAGUGUAAUUGUUCGGGUGGAGGAGGCACGUUCAAUGCGAUAGCCAAAUUAAAAUAAAAGUAAAUUAGUAAAAACACAAACCCUUACUCAGAAAUAGUGAGUAAUACGUACAUAUGCACUGAUGCAUUCAUGCUAACAUUUAAUUGCACGAUAAGUGAAGGGUUUUUGUCGAUGGGGAAGCACAUAGAAGUCCGCUAGCUUUUGGAGAGUGGUAGCAGGUUCGAUUAGGUAGGAAGAAAAAAGAGGAAUGUCUCGUACGACAAUUACAAAAGAAACAGAAGAAAAGAAACAUCUUUUACGGUAGAUACGUCUGAAAAAUAUGAGUUAAAUUUAGGAAAUCCACCGAUCGAAUGCAGCACUGGUGAGGUAAAGUUGUACAAACUCUAAUCAUGUUCGAUGGAUUCGCAACACCUAUGUAAUGUAAGCGUGGAAAAUAAAUCAUUGCUUGAAAUAUAAAAGUGCGAUUCAUAGUUUUCAA